ACCCACUUGCCUACUUGUCUUUUGACUUCAAAUAUUUGCCUCAUUUUCCUCUCUCGUGUUUAACGCUCAAACACUAACCCCAUAAUUAGCUACCUCUUUUUUGUCACUUCUUCUCUUUAGCAUAGGGCGAUCAACACAAUAAACCUUGCACAAAAUAUCCAAUUAAGAUGGAAAUAAUAUUCAAUUAAGCUUCCAUCUUAAUUGAAUAUUUUGUGUGAAGAAAUUGAAGACUCUACCUCCCUUCUUGCCAUGGAUCACAAGUCAAGAUAUCAAAGGAUACGCGAUUGGUUUAGUAGCAAGCAAAAGGAAGACAAGCCAUCAUAUGGUUUCAAAGAAAUUGAAGAUGGAGUAGAAAAUGAAAGUGAUGACUACAGGAUCGAUCUUUCUCUUCGGUCAUUGGAAUUGGAUCCAUGCAUUUCAACAAACAAGCUAAGGAUAUUUGUUGGUACUUGGAAUGUUGCUGGCAGAUCUCCAGUUGGAAGCUUAGCUGUUGACUUGGAUGAGUGGUUAAAUCUAAAGAAUGCUGCAGAUAUAUAUGUUCUUGGGUUUCAAGAGAUUGUACCUUUAAAGACUUUAAAUGUGAUAGGAGCAGAGGACCAAGGUGUGGCAACAAGAUGGAACCAACUAAUAGGAAGAACACUAAAUACCAAGUUUGGAUGCCCAUGGAUGACACCAAUGUUGAAUUCAUCAAUAUCAUCAAACGAUGAUGAAAAUAAUUACAAGUAUGAAAACAGUGAAGGUAGCAACAAGUACACACUAGUGGCAAGUAAAAAGAUGGUUGGAGUGUUCAUUAGUGUGUGGCUAAGGCAAGAGUUGAUGAGAAAAUAUUGCAUUUCAAAUGUGAGAGUUUGUUCAGUGGCAUGUGGAGUGAUGGGGUAUUUGGGAAACAAAGGAUCAGUGGCAGUUAGCAUGUCAAUUGAAGGGACAAGUUUUUGUUUUGUGGUGGCACACUUAGCAUCAGGGGAAAAGAAGGGUGAUGAAGGAAGAAGAAACCAUCAGGUUUUGGAGAUUUUUAGGAGAACAUGCUUCCCUAGGACCACAAAACAUCAUCAUUAUCCUCUAACCAUUUUAGGCCACGACCGAAUAUUUUGGUUGGGGGAUCUCAACUAUAGGUUAUAUUUGGAGGACAACUUUGCGAGGCAAUUAAUAAGAAAGCAAGAUUGGAAGGCUUUACAAGAAUAUGACCAACUUCAGAAAGAACUAGAAGAAGGUGGAGUUUUCGAGGGUUGGAAAGAAGGUAACAUUGAAUUCGCCCCCACAUAUAAAUACUCAUCCUCCACUUCCAAUAGAUACUCUGGUGCCCUUCCAAGCAAAUCCUGGGAAAAGCAAAGAACUCCAGCAUGGUGUGAUAGAAUCCUAUGGUAUGGUAAAGGAGUGGAGCAACUUCACUAUUUUCGAAGUGAAAGCAAGUUCUCUGAUCAUCGUCCCGUUUCAGCUAUUUUCUCUACACAAAUUGAAAUUAAAUCAUCUAACAGAGGACUUGUGGAAUUGCACAAUAUGAAUAUCCCCCCAACAAUGUUGCACCCCAAUCAUGGGAUGAACACAGGAGAUGAAGAUGCAAAAUCUUCCUUGUUGUCAUUGAUAAUAAAGGAUGUACAAGGCUGCUAGCACAAGCAAAUAAAACUCCAGAUUAGAAGGAUGACACAGGCUUUUUCAACCAGGUUAAUGGUCAUCACAAAAAUGACAAAUAAUUGGUUUCCUAAAACUCAUCAUUUUUUUUAAUAUCAGGAUUUGGAAGGUUAAUAUUAGAUGGCAAGGCAUGGUAAAUACAAUUGCUGUUGAUAAUCUAGAUGGGUCUUAGAUCUAAUAUGGAAAAGGUGUUACAAAGUCAGAGAAAAAAUUAUAAAUAUAAAUAUUGUGAAGUAUACAUAUAUCAUUGAUCAGUAACGAACGCAAUCUACUGAAAGACAAAUAUUAGAAAGAAUACUCAGCAUAUGGUGUUCUCCAACUUUUCUGUUUCUAUGCAAAAUAUGCCCAAUUCAUCAUUG